AUGGAGCAGGCCGAUGAUGAUAUCGCACUUGGCUCGCCCUAUGAGACCCCCCAUAGAACUCCUCGUCUUUCGGAGCGAGCCGACUCGAUUGUUCCGACAGCUGGUCGAGAAGGCUUUAAAAUCGUUCCCAAGUGUUACAGAGGACGUACCAUGGCAGUUUUCACGAGUGGCGGCGACGCUUCUGGCACAAUAAUUGGAUCAGCACGAUGUAAAGACUUCCGCGAACGUACGGGUCGCAUGCGCGCUGCUGAAAAUCUCAUCAAACAUCGCAUUACCAAUUUGGUUUGCAUUGGAGGUGAUGGCUCGUUGACGGGAGCGAAUCUUUUUCGUCAAGAAUGGCCGGAUUUGGUUCGCCAGCUUCUCGCAGAUGGAAAAAUAACUUCGGAAGAAGCGAAGCACUGUGCUAAUAUUCAAGUUAUGGGCCGUCACUGUGGUUAUUUGGCGUUGGUUGCUGCGCUGGCAUCUGAGGCAGAUUUCUGCUUUAUACCGGAAUGGCCGGUGCCGGUGGAGUGGCCGACAGUGCUGUGCCAUAAGCUGCAGAUGAUGCGUGAUGCGGGCUCACGUCUGAACAUUGUUAUCGUUGCGGAGGGCGGAAGGUUCAAAGAAUUGUCCGAAACAGCAGGGCUACAUGUCGAUAGCACCUAA